UAUUUGCUUAUUGUUUUUGUGUUUGAUCGAUUCAAUUUUUGCUGAAAACUCUCUCAGGAAUUUGAGCAGUAUCUCACGUCAGUUCAGCAUGAGCGCCGAGCAACAACAGAAAAGCGAUGUUCAGUUAGUGGAGUUGACCAAAGUCAGGCUCCAGAAUCUGGCGAGGAAGCAGAGGCUGGAGGAUCUGGCGCUGCAGUUCGUUGCCGCAAAUUUCCAACUUUAUAAUGCUUUCAACCUACCUUCCCCAAUUCGCGAGAAAAUAUUGCAAAGGAUUUUGCAGUGGAGGUGUUUUGACCCUUACAAUGGAAAUUUGGAGCAGCUUGACAAGAUGAUGCUGGCGCUGGCACACCUGGUCGGCCAGUGGACUGUCUCUGUUGACUUUACGAACAUGUUCACCUUUUGCCCGUCUUACAAAAUCCAGAGUUCCUUUAUCCAGGUCUGCGAGUUGUUGGCUCGAGUCGCGCCAAACAUCGAAGAGCUGUCGAUGAAGAGUUCCCCCAUGCUCAACAUUCAGGACCUGCUGCAGCCUCUGACAAAAAUGCAGAAGCUGAAGAUAUUGCGGCUUGGAUGUUGCCACUUUGACCUUGACGGCUUAAUUGAGCUGUGCAUGGCUUUACCGAACCUUCGGGUUUUAGGCGUCAAAACCCUCGAUAUCGACAUGGAAGAUUCUGGCUGCCAAAACAACCUUUCAAGGGCCCUGCAGCACCUGAGAGUGCUUGAAGACGAAAAUGGGUAUAUUCGUCUCCUGUCGUUUUUUGCAAGGGUUGUCCCUCAUCUGGAAUACAUUUACGCCUCACAGCGGGAUGAGGACACAACUGUUCGUCUGCAAGAGGAGGAAGACAAAACGCCGAAUCAGCGAAGAAAAUUCCUAUGUUUGUAUCAUGAUGGACAGUUCGUUGAUGGCAAGGAGGAUCUCCACGUCAAGCACCCAUUCAUCACUCGCUUGCUGGUGGACGGCUACCUCAUAAAUUUUGGAGUGGAAACUCUCGAUAAAUUUUCAAACUUGAAGACCUUGGUUUUGAAAAGUUGCAAAUUGACUGACUUGGACAGUUUGAUGAGAGUUUACGGACAGAACCUGCACACGCUCCACAUCAUGGACAAUUCCAUGAGGUCACUGGAAGGAUUAACGUUUGGAUGCAUUUUGGAAUGCUGUUCGCGACUGGAGAAACUUCGCUUGAAGAACGUCAUCAUUUCAGAUGAAGGCGCGAACGCCUUCCCAGAACUGCGUGAUUUCACCUGGGAAAAUGGUGGGAAUAGCUCUGUUGUCAUGCUGCUGUCAAGCCUCUUGUCUUCGCCCAAACUGGAGAAAAUAAAGCUGGAAGGAAAGUUUGAAGUGGAGGACUUGAGGGGCGUAGCCACCGUGAUCGAGCAGAAGAAGAUCUUAAGGCAGUUGCAGUCCUUUCACUUGCGCCUGGCAUACACCUACACCAGGGAUUCAAACUUCAAUAUGGCCCACUUCAGGGCUGCCGCAGGCCUGGCCAAGACUGCCUCUGCGUUCCUUCCUUUGCUGAUUGACCUCCAUCUUUCCAUGAUUGACAAUAGCUUCUUUAUUAACUUCUUCAACCAAGUUUCUGGCCAGGUUGUGAACGAGAAAUAUGAAGAUGAGGCUUUGAACAAGAUGAUCAAGGAGCACGAGAAAUUCGGAGGUGCUGGUUUCAAACCAUGA